CCUACUAACAAUCCAUGACUGAGGUAUUGCACCAAAGGUCCCACAAAAGAAUCCAAUUUCUUCUCCGACCACUAGAUUGUUAUGGGUGCUGAUUAGUUAAACUUCCGGCCCAUAUUCCGGUUCCCACCACCACGACUAAAGAUAUUCUGGUGAAUCCUUCCGGCUUUUCAAAAUCCCAUCCAUCACGUAGACUAUUAACACAUGAGUCAGUCAAAUAAACAUUGUUUUUCUGUGCAUUCUUUCUAAUAGUUUAGGGGUUGUAUGUAUAUUGUCAUGAGGGCAAGGCCGAAACCCCUCGGUUCUAGAAUAUGAACUCCACAAAAACUAAGUUAUUAUUUGUUUGACCAGAAGACAUACUGGAUACUGUUUUACGCCUCAUUUGAAAAUCUGAAGCUGAACUAUUUGUGGAAACUGUUCUUCUGGAUGAUUAGUUGUGAUUCGGCCCAAACACCCGAUCAGUAAUUUAUUUUAUAUAUUUACUCUACAUAUAUUUACUACUCUAUAAAAUCUUUAGAUUGUAAAUUUGUAUAGUUUAAAACAGCAUCUAUAUAUUUGAGGGCUGACCCUGCAUGUCUAAGAGGAUUCCAAGUUAUAAUACCACUACUUAUCUUUCCAAUUUCCAUUUCCACCAUCUCUAUCUCUCUUUCUCUCUCAAAAGACAAACAAGAAAAAAAGUGGAAGAUGCAAGAACUUCCAGAUUGCUUGUACGAGGGAAAGCAACCAACCUUAAUCACUCCAUCUUCUCCCACGCCAAAUCACACUCUCUACCUUUCCAACCUCGACGACCAUCAUUUUCUCAGAUUCUCUAUCAAGUACCUCUACCUUUUCCAAAAGUCUCCUUCCUCUCUAACCCUCAAAGAUUCUCUAUCUAGGGUUCUAGUCGAUUACUACCCGUUCGCUGGUCGGAUCAAGGUCUCCGCUGACAAGACCAAGCUCGAGGUUGACUGUAAUGGGGAGGGGGCAGUUUUCGCAGAAGCUUCCAUGGAUAUAACUCGUCAAGAGUUUCUUGAAAUUUCACGCAAACCAAAAACCUCUUGGAGGAAGCUCUUGUUUAAGGUUCAAGCUACAGGUUUCUUGGAUAUCCCUCCUCUUAUCAUACAGGUGACGUAUCUCCGUUGCGGAGGUAUGAUCCUCUGCACUGCGAUCAAUCAUUGCCUUUGUGACGGCAUCGGCACAUCGCAGUUCCUACAUGCAUGGGCCCAUGCCAACACCACCAGUGCUCCGCUUCCCAUCCAACCGUUCCACUCUCGACACAUGUUAGAACCACGAGAUCCACCGCAUGUCACACACUCACAUCCCAGUUUCACCCGGACCACCGUAAACAAAACCUCCACCUUCAACAUUUGCAAGUAUUUACAGUCUCAACCACUGGCUCCCACCACUCUAACCUUCACACCAUCCCUUAUCCUACGCUUAAAGAAAAUAUGCGCUCCCUCGCUAGAAUGCACCACGUUCGAGGCACUAGCGGCUCACACAUGGUGCUCUUGGGCUCGAUCUCUUGACUUGCCGUUGACCAUGGAGGUCAAACUUUUGUUCUCUGUCAAUAUGAGGAAAAAGCUGACUCCAGAACUUCCCCAAGGGUAUUAUGGUAACGGAUUCGUGCUAGCUUGCGCCGAGAGCAAAGUACAAGACCUAGUCAAUGGUAAUAUUUACCACGCGGUAAAAUUAAUACAAGACGCGAAAGCGAGAAUCACCGACGAAUAUGUAAGAUCAACAAUAGACUUACUGGAGGAUAAUGUAAAAACAGACCUCACAAGCAGUUUGGUUAUUUCACAAUGGGCGAGAUUGGGAUUAGAGGAGUUGGAUUUUGGAGAAGGGAAGCCAAUGUAUAUGGGCUCUUUGACGAGUGACAUCUACUGUUUAUUUUUACCGGUGGCCGGAAACUAUGAUGCCAUUAGGGUUCAGGUGUCGAUGCCGGAGGAUGUUUUGAGGAGGCUGGAGUAUUACAUGGUUAAGUUUCUUGACGAAAAAGGUAAGAUAGAAGCUAAAACUUUUGCAUAAUGAAGUUAAUUAUUGGUUUUUGGUUAAAUAAAGUUUAUUUUCUUAACAGUUUCAAUGAUCUAUCACCUAUAAAGUAGUCGUGGGAGUAAAAGAUAAUUCAGUGGAUUCUAUGACGAAGAAAAAGGCGUGGACGUGUCGAUUUUCAAGUGAUUUAAGUUUUCUACUGUUCAGUGGAGUAGUUACUCUAUAUACAUCUUUGUAGAAGAUGAAACCAUAUUUGUAAAAGAGUUUAAAAUACAAAAAGAGGUUAAACAAAAAACCAUGUUAGUAAUAUUUCUGUGAGCUAAAAAGCUUAAUAGAUGAAAAUUUGCAACGGAGAGUGAAUGUUCAAAAAUGUUUUAAUUAAUUUCGAAUUCAAAAUAUUGAAAGUUAAACAAAAAAAGCAAACUAGGAAGUACCGAAUAAUGUGAAAAUAGACGUCAGCAAGUGAUGUGGGUGUCCUGAUUCGUGAUGACAAUGCUACACAUUGUCUGCACCAAUACAACACGACAAGCAUCCAACUUUUGUGACAACUAGUGUGCAAAAGUUAUAUAGACUAUGCAGCAGUAGCUUCUGAUUAUGUUCUCUGCCAUACUAAGGUUCUUGUUUAUGCUGAGGCUACAAAUAAUUUGCAAGUUCAUGUUCCGCUGUUACAACUCAAGCUGCAGAUUCUGAAGCUUUGAACAUUGAGUUUAUAAUCGACAUUAAGGUUAUCUCAACUGCUCGAACAGAUACAACAUUAAUCGAACAUGUCUAAAUCUAAAAAAAGAGUUUACUCUUCCAACUGCUGCAGUUGUGGCUUUAUGCUAUCUGCUUCCCAAGCGCUUACUGAUUUUUUAUUGAAUAUUUUAUUUUUGUAUUUAUACUGUUUAAAAAAAAAAUUUAUUCCCGCAACCGCAAACGCUAGCUGAAACUAGUUUUUGAAUUUAUGAGGUUUAGAGCGGUUUGAAACGGUUUGAAGCGGUUUAAAGCGGUUUGAAUGAUUGUUAGAAUCACCAACAACCGCUACCAACCGCAAAAGCUGUGUUUGCGGGUGGUAGCGAAGAAACCAGUAAUACUCUUAAACUCAUCCUUUUCAUGCUUAAGAGUUUCAAAACUUAUUUUUUACUUCUCUUUUAUUAAAACAUAAUCAUUUCCAUGGAUCCAACGUUUUUUUGUAAGUUUUUAAUUAAAUACACAUUUCUACUAUAUAGUUGAAGGCACCCAAAUUAAUUAAUACUCCCUCCCUUAUCCUACUGCUAAAUGUGUUUAUAUAUAUUUUUUUGUAUCAACUUAUACAGAUUCAUACAGACUCUGUAAACCAAACCGGGUGAUAUGCAUCCAUGUAGAUGACGAAAUACGGUUGCAUCCUAGGAUAGUCUAACACUACGUGCUAGACUAUCCGCCUUUGAAUUUUGCGUCUUUAGAACAUAGAUGAUUUUUGAUCGGAGGAAACUUUCUUUCAGGGUCUUGAUGUCUUCCAAAUAAUUUGCAAAAACUGACUAUUCUUCUGAUUUCGAAACCAUUUUUAUCAAUUGAGAAUAAUCCGUUGCAAACGUAACCUAAAAUUGACGUAAAUUCCUCAUGCAUUCCAUUGCCAAGAGUAGCGCUUCCAUUUCCGCAUUAAGAGGAGAGAGUCUAGCCCAAACAUUCCUCAGCCAACCUUAUCCGGAAAAGAUAUCACCCUCUUUCCAAAACAAUACAACAACACAAUAAUUAUUCUUGUAUCCAAACAAUAUAAAACAUUAUGUCAUACAUUUUAAUUACUUUUUUAUUUAUUUUUUUUCAAUGAUUUUGUUAAAACACUCAAUUCAUUUGUGAAAAAAACAAAAAAAAACAGUAUAACUAUUUUCGCGGGUUUGGUUACUGAAAAAUAAUUUCAUUUAAUGUAAAAUUCAUUGAAUUAAUAAAUUAUUUGAUUUAUAUUUUCAUAAAUAUAAAAUGCAUUCAUUUAAACUUAAUAAAGCUUUCUCAUUGGAUUCUUUUUCUUACUUUCUUUUUGUUCUUAAGAGCAUACAAUUAUUAAUUUGAGAUUAUGCUUCGUUUAAGUUGACAUCGAAUAAGUUUUAUAAAAAUAAAAUAUUAUAGUCAAUAAAUUGACAUAAAAUAAGUUUUAUAGUUUAAAAUUUAUAAAAUAAGUAUGUAUCACACAAUAAAUAAAACCAAUUACAGAUGUUUUAUUAAAUAUUUAUAACAAACAGGUUGAAAUAAUUUAAAAACAAAAUUAUGUAAUAUAAUUUUCAUAUUUAAUAAAAAUAAUUUAAUUAUAUUGUUUUCAAAUUCACUAAAAUUAAAAUGUUUAAACUUCACUUAUUAAAAGUUAAAAUAUAUUUAUCUUUAAAUUCUAUUUUGUUAAAAAUUAUUUCCGCUUAAUCGCGGGUCAUAAUCUAGUUUGGGUUGAAUCUGUAAUUCUAAUCAUAAAACUUACAUCCCUUUGAAGGCUUAAGAGUUUCAAAACUUGUAUUUUUAUACCUUUGGGGUUUAUGAUUUAGUUUUAAUGGUUUUAUGUUUAGAAUUUAGAGUUUCACUUUAUAUUUGUCUGUUAAUUUAAAAACAAUAUUUAAACAUUGAAACAUUCUCAGUUUUUUAGUUUUCCAUAGCAAAAUGGAAAAUAAAUUAUCAAUUACAGUUCUAAAUUUUAGAGUUAAUGGUGUUUAGUGGUGAGAAACGAGAAGAUUAGUCUAUAGAUCAUUUUAAAUGCAGCGACUAGUAAAUCAUUUCACAUUUUGAGCUUAUAAUAGUUUUGAGCUUAUAAUAGAGAAACAAACAGAGUUGGUAGAUUAGGGAAAGAGAUUGAUACAGCAAGGAAUUAAAUGCGUGAGAAGAAGAGCGACUUAGAAACUUUGGCCGCAAAGCUAGAAUGCAGAAAAGCUAAAGAAUCUUUGCUGUUGGAGAAAUUAUCUGAGCUAGAGAAGAAACUUGCAGAACAAGGAACAGAUAAAUUGAGCCUAGCAAAAAGUUGUAACCAAAUUUGAAGCGAGAAUCAAAGAGCUUGAGCCUUGAGACGAGUGCAAAGGGACGAGAAAUUGAAUUUCUGAGCUUAAGGGAAGAGAAGAGAAUCAAAGUAUGCAUUCUUGUGGAUUAUCAACAUGAUCGAUACAAUGAACUCAAGAAAUCAGUGUUAAAGGUUUCUCCUACGACCUAAUUUUACAAAAUUUGUAACUCUUUUGAAUCCACUUUCAUACAUAGACCCUCGUUGAAUAUUGACUCCCUAUCAAACUUUUAAUGUACUCUUGUUCAUUAUUCAAGAUCACCAAUUUGAAUUUAAACAAAUUACCAGAACUCAGAUGAACCCGAUCCAAAAACGUAUAAAUAUAUGAAUAGGUCUUAUGUAUUUAGUACCAAAAUAGAUGAAACCCGAAAAAACCACUCCGAACCUGAAGGGCAUUCCCGGUGCCUAAGCUUUCCAACCAAAUUCUUAAAUGUUUUUUUUUCUGUGCACUGACAGACAACCAGUUAGACAAUCUUAGGCUUAGUUGAGGCCCAGGCCCAAUCGUUUGUUGCCUUAAAUAUACGCUAGUAUCGUAUUCCCAAUGUUUUUAAACCCGACCCGGACACUGAACCGGACGAAUUACCGGGUCGAUGGGUCACUGGAUCGACCGCGGGCGAACCGGGGGUUAAUAAAUAAAUAAAUUUUAUUAUAUAAUAAUAUAUCAACUAUGUAAAUAAAAAUAUAAAAAUUAAAGUUUAAUAUUUUCUAAAUAUUUUUAUAAACAUAAAAUAAUAGUUUGGAUAUGUAUAUUUUUAUGUUUAAUAACAUUUAGAAAAUGCUUAACUUUAAUUUCUAUAUUUUUAUUUUCAUUUGAUAUACAAAAUAUCAAAAAAUAAUUUAGACUAUUUAUAAUUUUGUUUAACAAGAUAAUAGUUAUGACAUCUAAAAAAAUCAAGACAUAAAAUUUUUAAAUUUUUAAAUGUUUAAUGUGAAUAAUAAAUGAAAUUAUACAAAAUAAACCAAAAUUAAAAAAUCAUUAUAAUAAAUUAUCAAUAACGGAAAUAAACUAACACCAAAUCACAUCGACUAGUUUUGGUUCUCUGGCAUAGUGAAAUUUUCAUUAAAAUCUAAAAAUCACAAAUAUAAAACUGAAAAAGAAAAACCUAAUUUUUUUUCUUAGUAUAUAACUUCUUAAUU